UCCAACAGCGCGGGCACGUCGUACGUGCUGAAUUUGGAGAACUCGAACCGCGAUGAGGGCGGGUUUGUGGACUUUGAGCAGAUCCAAGGUCUGGAGGGGCUGGUGGUGGCUAAUGUGGUUGACAAUCCGCAGGACGCCAGAAAAGGUGCUCGUAAACGGAUCAAGUCGCUCAUCACACACAAUGACGGAGCACAUUGGGCGCCUAUCCAGCCGCCGGCCAUUGACGUUGACAACCAGCGGUACUGUUCUGGCCAAUCGUUGGAACAAUGUUCGCUCCAUCUUCACGGAUACACCGAGCAGGCCGACUACAGAGAUACGUUCUCCUCGUCGAGUGCGGUUGGAAUGAUGAUCGGGGUUGGAAACGUUGGAUCGGAGCUGGAAAGCUAUUAUGACGGCAACACUUACCUGACCAAAGAUGGUGGAGUUAGUUGGAAGGAGGUCAAGAAGGGAGUCUAUUUAUGGGAAUAUGGAGACCAAGGAUCGGUCAUUGUGAUGGUCAACGGGAAGGAUAACACCAACGUUCUGAGCUAUUCGGUCGACGAGGGAGACACUUGGCAGGAGUACAAGUUCACAGACGAACAGAUCACCGUGGAGGACAUCUCGACGGUUCCUGGCGACAAUUCGUUGGUUUUCCUGCUUUUCACACGGGUUCCUUUGGCAAGAGGCGACAAGACACGGGUUUUCCGCAUUGAUUUCGGCGAGCUGUUGAGUGACAGCUGUUCAGGUACAGAUUUGGAGACAUGGAUACCCAAACACCCAUUCCAGGCAGACGACUGUCUAUUUGGCCACCAAAUGCAGUACACACGCAAGAUCCCAGGUCGACUUUGUCGGAUUGGUAGCCAGAAACUUGACCAGGCUGCCAUCAUCAAGACAUGUCAGUGCACGAGACAGGACUUUGAGUGCGACUUCAACUAUUAUCAGGACCAGAAUGGCGACUGUAAGCUGGUUUCUGGGGUCAAAUUGCCAGGUCAUGAAGAUAUGUGCGCUAUUGAAGAGUCUGGCGAGUACUAUCCGGUCACUGGGUAUCGGAAAGUUCCGUUGUCGACGUGUGAAGGUGGACUGCAAUUGGACCGCAGCGACAAGCCUGUUUCGUGCGACGCAGCCGAGGAGGACCAUCUACGAUCCGAGUUUGGCAGACUGCUCUGGUUCUGGCUCAAGAUCGUCAUUGUUGGUAGUCUUGUUGUUGCUGUUGUGUUCAAGUAUCUGCAGCUAAGACACGGCGAGAUCCGACUUGACGACGAGGAAACCAUCGACAUCAGCAAAUGGACCGCACUGAAAACGACGGUUCUGGACUGGACCGUGUCGUUGCAACAGGCUGCCAAGGACUGCGUGUUCAAAAGAGUGCCGUUGACCACGUCCGUUUCUGACGAGGACGAGGACGACUUCACAGAUCAAGUUUGA